ACUCUAUACUUGAUGAUAUUGCAGAUGCACUUGAAGCUCUUGACUUCCUUGACCCUAUGCAAGUUGAUGAGUUUUUGGCAAUUGCUGAAGAAAAUAUCAUUUAUGAAGUUCCUUCGGAUGAUCGAGUUAUUACAGAGCUUGUUAAAACUUUCAGAACUAAUGAUCCGAUUGUUACUGACUUAGAAGAUGCAGACAAUAGCUGUGAGAUACCUAUGGUUAGUGCUAAUGUGACAAAUACAAGUUUGAAGACUGUAUAUACAUUUUUACUUCAGGAGGAAGGUAUAGAAGAAUAUAUCAAUAUCCUAAGAAAAAUUGAAAAUUUUAUUAGAAGAAUAAAGGUAGGCCAAAUGCAACAAAGCAAAAUCGAUCAAUUUUUUUGGAAGAAAUUGAAUAGAAAUUUUUGA